ACAGUGACGAUACGCCUUACCCCGAGUGAACAUUGAAACGGCAGCGGUGACUAGUAAACAAAAAUGUUUGAGUGGCUAAUAAAAUAAUUUUUUUGAAGAACAAAAAUUAAGUCAGCAUUUAAUUAUUUCAAAGUUUUAGCAAUAGAAAAAAGUUGAAAUUUCAUGGUGUCGCAUACAAGGGUCUUAAGUGGAAGAAGACGUCGGAAAGAAAUACAUUCAUGUCUUUGAACUUGAAAAUAGCCUAUAUUGAUUUCCAUGUUUUUUUGUGGCAGCGGAAAAAAGGCCAAACAAAGAAAAUAAUAUUUCGAAACAAAAAAAGAAUAAGUGCGGAAAAAUAUAACAAUAGUGAGUGAUUUUGAAUGAAAACGUUCGGUUUACAUUCCAUGGAAAACGGCUUGAGUGUAGCAACCUUGAACUACUACUAGUGGUCCUAACCAAAAUUCCCAAACGCCGCCGCCGCCAGCUACCCAGUCAAGUCAUAUUAGCAAAUUCUGGUUAACCAAAUAUGUGCAAUGGCAAAUUUGGUAGAAACAAAUGUUGUUCGCACACCUCACUUUUUGCAUAAAGUCUUCAAUGAGGCUAGAAGAUCACUCACACGCUUCGACACGGUCGAUCGCCAACAAAACUCGCGGGGUCGUUCUUCUGACGUUGCCUCUGCUAGGCACAUCAAUGACAGUAUGGAACUCGCACACAGCUUAUGCCUAAAUGAAGAUGCUCUCAAACAAUUGCCCGAGCCAAAGCGUUCGGUUUUCAUAUUCGAAUGGCUAAGCUAUUUGGAAAAGACCCUCUUGACCAUAGAUCGCAAUGAGAUUAAGACAAAUCAAAAGAAAUUGGUGCAACAAUUGACGGCACAAAUCAAUGGCUCACCGGGGCCGCCAACACGCAAGCUACUGGCCAGUUGUUUGGCUACACUGUUUUCCGUGGGAGAUACAUUCCUUUUGUUCGAUACGGCCAAUGCCUGCAAUGAUAUACUCAAGAACAAGGAUGAUUCACCAAGUUAUUUGCCCACCAAAUUAGCUGCAAUCUGUGUUUUGGGCUCCAUGUACGAGAAGUUGGGACGCAUGAUGGGCCGCUCCUAUGAAGAAACGGUCAACCUGCUCUUACGCACCCUGCGCAAUGCCGAGUCCCAGGCCCGUAUUGAAAUUAUGAUCACCCUGGAAAAGGUUUGUGCCGGCAUGGGCACGGCAAUUGCCAAUGUCCACAAAGACAUCUACAAGGCCACCAAACAUUGUCUAACGGAUCGUGUUAUGGCAGUUCGUGUAGCAGCUUCCAGAUGUAUUCUGGAAAUGAUACAACAUGCUCCAUUCCUUUAUCAAACCGAGUUGGAAAGUCUACCAGCUUUGUGUUUCCGUUCAUUUGAUGGCAGUAAUUAUGAAGUACGUUGUGCCGUGGCCAAGCUAUUGGGUACGCUGUUGGCCUUUACCCAACAACAACAGAAUGAGGCAAAUAGCAAAAAGCUUUCGGUACAAACAAGUUCACAAUCAAAGGCUGCCGCACGCACCGUUUCUCUUGAUGAAACUUUGAAUAUCUUGAUGUCGGGAUUCCUUAGAGGUGGCGGAUCGUUCCUUAAGGGUACCGGGGAAAUCAUCAAAGGUAGUUCCAGUGUAAAUCGUGAAAUUCGUGUGGGUGUAACCCAUGCCUAUGUGGUGUUUGUGGAAUACAUGGGCAGUGUGUGGCUGGAGCGUAACCUCACCGUAUUCCUUUCACACAUACUCGAUCUGGUGGCCAAUCCAAAGGCAGCCUCUUCGCAUGUGGAUGCAGUGUAUUCCAGGAAAUGUAUUAAUUUCAUUUUACGUUCGGUGCUUGGCAAAAUGUUGGGCGAAAAAGCCCAAACCUCAGCCUGCAAGGAGCUGGUCUACAUGAUUGCCAAACAAAUGAAUUCCAUUGAUUUUAACCCCGAGAACGCGAAAGAUUCCAAUCAGGAGACCCUGUUCAGUCAACACUUUUUGGUAUGUGCUCUACAGGAAUUGGGUUCUUUGGUUUUGGGUUUGGGUACCACGGCUCAAAAUCUAUUGGCAGAUCAGACGCUGAAUGCCAUAGAUACCACCUGUGCCGUGUUGGUACAUCCCAGUGCUGCAGCGAGAUUGGCAUCGGCCUGGUGUUUACGUUGUUUCUGUGUGGCUGUGCCGAGUAUGAUAACCCCGCUGAUAGAUCGUUUUGUGGAUGCAUUGGAACAAAUGCGUUCAUCACCCGAGGCCAUUGCUGGAUAUAGCAGUGCCUUGGCAGCCAUUUUGGGUAGUGUACGUUAUUCUCCGUUGGGUAUACCACACACCAAGGGCAAAGUGGUAUUUAAUGCUGCAGAGGAGUUGUUACGUUCGGCCUCACAAAACAGCCGUUUGUCGUUGAAUCGAACCCAAGCUGGGUGGUUGUUGAUUGGAGCAAUUAUGACAUUGGGUUCUCCCGUGGUAAAAGGUUUAUUACCUCGCUUGCUGCUGUUGUGGCGUCAUUCCUUCCCCCGUUCCAACAAAGAACUGGAAUCGGAGAAGGCUCGCGGUGACUCAUUUACAUGGCAAGUAACAUUGGAAGGACGGGCCGGUGCUUUGUCGGUAAUGCAUAGCUUUUUGGUCAACUGUCCGGAUUUGAUUACCGAGGACAUAACCAAACGUCUGAUGACACCCAUUGAAAGUGCUCUGGCCAUGUUGGUGAAUUUAUCUUCAGUAUUAAAAAGCUAUGGCACCCAGCUAAAGGCCCCAGCUGCAAUGGUGCGUUUGCGUUUGUAUGAAACCCUAUCUCAAUUGCCGGCCAAUGCAAUGGAGUCUUCGUAUACCCAUUUGUUGCGCAUGUUGAUCUCGGAAUUCACUUUGGCCGAGAAUCCGGCAAAUACCACAAAUUCCCAACUAAGAAAUCUGUGUCACGCCGAAGACUCUGUGAUUUUGGGUACAUGGUUACAGGAAACGGAUCAUCGCAUUAUUGAAGAUCAGAUGGAACCGAAUCGUAGAUGGGAUGGCGAUCAUCUCCAGCCGAAUAGUGCUGCCGGUUCUGGGGCCUUGGAACACGAUCCAUGUUGUUUGUAUCGGGCCACAGUCAGCCAUACCUCGUCUACCACAAAUGGAGCCUAUGGCUAUAAGGCUGACCAAUGCCCUGGACCUCUACCCUUGGGAGUGGCCAUAAUUGAUAUGUCCAUCGCUUUGUUUGGUUUGAUAUUUCCCAAAGUUGCAAACAAACAUCGCCUACAGAUGUUGGAUCAUUUUGCCGAAUGCAUUAAACAGGCCAAGAGUAGCCGCCAGGAGGCGGUACAAAUGAAUAUUUACACAGCUUUGUUGUGUGGCCUUAAGGUAUUGACAGACAGCAAAUCCGGCAUUGGCCAGGAGGAUGUACGCAAAAGCUUUACCAAUCUGGUGACAUCUGGCCUCAUCAGUUCGAAUUCCAUGUUACGUUGUGCUUCAGCUGAGGCCUUGGGUCGUUUGGCCCAAGUGGUGGGAGAGUCUCGUUUUACAGCUGAGCUAGCGCAAAUUUCCUUUGAUAAACUGAAAUCAGCUCGGGAUGUGGUGACACGUACCGGCCAUUCGCUGUCAUUGGGUUGUUUGCAUCGUUAUGUUGGUGGCAUGGGUUCAUCACAACAUUUGAAUACCAGUGUCUCGAUAUUAUUGGCCUUGGCCCAGGAUAUAUCUUCGCCGGUGGUACAGCUAUGGGCUUUGCAUGCCUUGGCUUUGAUAGCAGAUUCUGGAGGUCCCAUGUUCCGCAGCUAUGUGGAGGGUACCUUGACAUUGUGUCUGAAAUUGCUACUCAAUGUACCGCAAUCCUAUGUGGAUGUACAUCAAUGCAUUGGCAGGGUAUUGAAUGCUCUGAUAACCACCAUGGGUCCGGAGUUACAGGGUAAUGCCCCCGCCAUUGUGAAAAUGCGACGAUCAUUCCUCUGCGCUGCCUCGGUAAUGCACAAUCACAGCGAUCCCUUGGUCCAGGCUGAAGCAACUGGUUGUAUACAACAAGUCCAUCUCUUCGCGCCGGGAAGCAUACACCUACCCUCUCUGGUACCCACCCUGGUACGCAAUCUCUGUUCCAAUUAUUUGACACAACGUAAAGCAGCCAUCUCCUGCUUAAGACAAUUGGCCCAUCGUGAAGCCAAAGAAGUUUGUGAUUUGGCAUUAUCCAUUAAACCGGAUGAUUGUCCAAAACUAGUCAUUACCGAAUUUGGUCUUCCUGGUAUUAUCUUUGCCAUGUUGGAUUCAGAGACAGAUAUUGAAAUGUUAAAGAACAUACACGACACACUCACAUCGAUGCUUCAGCUAAUGGCUGCCGAAAAUCUCAGCUCAUGGCUUAGUUUGUGUAAAAAUGUACUAACGGUGGCUGUGGAAAAUUCCCCACUACCCGAUGAUAUAGCAUUGUCUUCCAAGGCUGAUGGUAAUGCGAAAUCAGCUAGCACGGCUACAGCAAGUGGUGGGAAUAAUGCCGCCGCCAAUAAAGAUGCAGAUGAUGAUGACGAUGAGGAUGAUGCUGAUGAUGUCACCGAAUAUCAUGCUUCAGAUAAUUCCUCGUCCCAUCCGGCAGUACAGCCGCGUUGGACAACACGUGUUUUUGCCGCCCAAUCUGUGCGUAAAAUUAUGUCAGCCUGUGAGUCGGAUUCACCCAUACAUUUUGAUUUGUUGCAAGCCAAGGAAAUGCAAAUGACCAAAUCGAGUGGUGACUAUUUGAUACUCCAUCUGUCGGAGUUGAUUCGUAUGUCGUUUAUAGCAGCCACUUCGGAUUCGGAUCAGUUGCGUCUGGAGGGUUUGAGAACGUUGCAGGAAAUUAUUGAUCGUUUUGCCAAUGUACCGGAGCCGGAAUUCCCGGGACAUUUGUUAUUGGAACAAUUCCAAGCACAGGUUGGAGCUGCUUUGCGACCAGCAUUUGCCCCCGAUACUCCAUCUCAUGUUACAGCAGCUGCCUGUGAAGUUUGCUCGGCUUGGAUUGGUUCUGGAGUUGCCCGGGAUCUCAAUGAUCUGAGAAGAGUUCAUCAGCUAUUGGUAUCUUCUCUAAACAAAUUGCACACCAAAACCAACAGUACCCAGUUGUUUAAUGAAUCAAUGACAACUUUGGAAAAACUGAGUAUUCUAAAAGCCUGGGCUGAGGUCUACAUUGUUGCCAUGAUUGCCAAUGGCUCAUCCCCGGCUGCAAUGCUACAAAAGCAAUUAACCGUUUCCAAUGUUAUACCCACAUUGACCAUUGAUGAUGAAGAUGCCAAUGGCUUCGACAAGAACUGUGAAAGUUUGUUAUCGCUGGUUAAACCGGAAUUGGAUAACCUAUCCACCCACUGGCUGGCAGCCAUGAAAGAUCAUGCAUUACUCUUAUUGCCACCUGAAUUCCAAAGUCAAUUACCACAUGAUGGUGGAGCAUUUUAUACCCCCGAUACGAUUAACUCUUCAAAACCUCAUUAUUUGGCAUCUUGGCCACCGAUAUUGUAUGCUGCCUCCCUAUGGCUCAAAGAUGAAGGAUUCCAAUUGCAUUUAGAAACAAAUACCCAAAAUUCCACUGAAACCGACAACUCUGACAGCUCUUCAUAUGAGGCGAAUAAUAACAUAUCCCACGGCUCCCUAUCGGCUGAUCGUUUUCACAUGAUUUUUGGAAUUUGCAUGGAGGCGCUGUGCAGUGCUCGAACAUCGGAGAAACCAAAGAAUGUCAUUAGCUGUUUGCAAUCAAUGUAUACCAUAUUCGAUUCCAAAUGGGCUCGCCGGCAAUUGGUCAAGGACAAAGUUUUGACCAUUGAAUUGUGCAAUGUUCUACACAGGCAAAUACUAACCAGUGAUGAUUUGUUUGUCCAGCUGCUGUGUAUUGAAAUACUUAAACAGUCGGUGAGGGCUUCCAAAGAACAGUUGGAUGAACGUAGAGAUGAAUUUUUGGAGCAGAAUAAAAACAAUGAAAAUACCGACAAUAUUUCGCUGCAAGAACAAAUCGAUCAAAUGGGUGAAGGUGGUGCAUCGGGAGAAAUUACACCAGGCUCUUCGCACAUAUAUGCUGUAUUGGAAGUGUGUUUGUGUUUAUUUGUACGGCAAAUACCCACCAUGAAUCCUGGAGCAGCAAACACCGUACAAUUUCGUCAAGAUUUAAUUGCCAAGACCGCUUUAAGUUCACAAUCCUUCUUCAACAAAUUGGCUGAAGAUAAUGGACGUUUGGUGGCAAGUGCAUUGGAAUGUGUGGGAGAACUCACACAACUUUGUUCGCCCAAAGGAGCGUUGGCCAUACUGCCCACCAUAUUGUACAUGACCACAUCGAUUAUUAAAGAAAUUGCCAAUAAAUCGGUAAUAGAUUCAACAAUUUUAGCCAAUACUGUGGCCAUACAAGCAGCCCUUCAAACCUUGGAAGCCAUAUGCAAAGAUAAAUGGUCGAGUCAUUCCACCGUGGCCAGUGAAUGGCAAGAAUUGUUACAAAGUUCUUUGGCCACAAUUGUGGAUUUGACAAAAACCGCUGGCGGCGACAAUGAUGAUCGUAAAAUGGACGAGGUGACCAUGCUAAGGGCAAUUGCUGUCUUUAUACUCCACACCCCAGCGACAGUGGUGUCGACACCCUCAUUACAAUAUCCCUGCAUUAAUCAUUUCCGCCAGUAUUUACAAUCGGAUAAUAUGUCGGUAAAAUUAAAAUGCAUACAAUCGGCACGUUUGAUAUUUUCCGAAUCGGAAUUGAAAGUUUCCACACCGUAUAUACACGCUUUGGCGCCACGCAUCAUUGAAGGUCUUUACGUGGAGACAGCCAAACAGCCACGCACAGAAAUGGAACUACAAAUCAUAUUGGAAAGUAUAAUCACCGUGGAAGCUCUCAUACAAUUGGCCGAACCACAAAAUCGAAAUCUUAUGCAAGGUAUACAAAUGUUAACUCUGUUGGUGCCGGUGCUAAUCAACUACUUGGCCGAGCCUUCGAAACUGCGCAACUUACCCAAAUAUCAACGUCAAUUACAUGAACAAUCUUUGCAAUGGCUAAUGAAGAUUGGUCCCAAAUAUCCCCAGGAAUUUAAAUCGCUAAUGAGUCAAUCGCCGGAAUUGCGACAAAAACUGGAGGCGGCUGUGCGUUGCCAGCAGCAAACGGCUGCCAUUGCAAAUCGUGUACAACAGCAAACAACCCAGGCCCGCAGUGGCCUGGAGAAACAACAGAAACCUACCAUAAAACUGAAAACCGAUUUUAGCAAUUUUCAGUAGAGCAGGAGCAACACAAAAGGUCACAAUUUAAUAGGCUCUAAUACUUCCCUUUCCCCAAAUCCCCGCCCUAACCUAUUUGGUUUUUCUUCGGAAAAAGAAAUAAAAAUUGAUACCCGCCGCAAAAUAACUAUGCAAGGCAAAGUAAUGAUGUUGGCAUUAUAUUUUUUAAGUAACACCCACCCCCCUCCUCCCCCUGUCUACAUAUAUUUUUUUAGAUCUUAAUAUUAACAUAAAGAAGAACACAAUUCAUAUAUAAACACAACACACAACAUACAUACCUUUCAUCAUUAUAUAUCUGAUAUAUUUAUUAUUAAUGUUGUUGAUGCUUCAAAUAACAACCCCGCUAUGUAAUUGUCUUCAGACAAAGUCGGAAAAAAUAAAAGAAAUUAAAAUGAUAAUACAUCCUAACAACCUAUCACUAAAUACUCCUGUGAAAUGAUAUGGUAUUUAGUUUUUAAACAUUUGACACAAUAUUAUCAAAAGUACUGUAUCUCAUUGUUGUUAUGUUAAA